UUAUCAGUGCUUUAACUCAGAAAAAGGAGCUAAAGAUUUUGCCAUCCAGUAAAAAUGUGGGCCUUCUUGGUGCUUACUCUUAGCCUCGCUGUUAGGCUAUCCGAAGCUAACAGUGACACAGUAGGUGAAGAAAAGCUUGUUAUAGCCAGAGCUAAACUGCUGGCUCCCAGUGUGGUCGGAUGAAGCAUAAAGAAAAUGCCUGAGCUCUAUCAUUUUCUCAUGGAGCGAAUGGCUUUAUACCACAACUUGGAAUAUGAUUCAUCGGAAGAGAAGAAACCCCGUCUGAUAUUCUACAAUGAAAAGGAUGAGGUUGUUAAGACUGUUUCUGUGAAGAAAAUGAAGGCAGACGAGAUCAGCAGCUUGUUAGACUCACUCGGCUUCUACAAGAGGUCCAAGAAAGGGGAAGAGGUGCCAGAGGAGUUUCAGCAUUUUCCCCUGCGCGCCCCCAGGGACGAGCUGUGAUGACACCUUGUGGCCAAACUCUGUCCCUGCACCAUGGUCACAAUAAUGACGAGUGAGGCCCAAAGGCCAAAAUAAGCCAGGCACCACUCUGAUGACUCGCUGGCCGGAUGCAUUGAGCAGAGUGUUAUGUCAUUGUGUUUAUCUGCCGAAUUUAAAUAAAAAGACUAUAAAAUACACCAAAA